GGGGGGAUCUGACAGAGGGCACCGCGGCUAGAGGCUGAUAACCUGAAACCAGCGUGAAGACGGGGGAACAUAAGUGAGGCAACUACAUGAGCAUAUCCAGGAGUGAACUGGUCGUAGACCCUACAUGGAAACUUUCCAGUGGGGCCACCUGAGCCCCCCUCAUGACCAUCAGCCAGAUAAGUAAUGAUCUGGUGCUCCCACAGUCCAGAGGUUGAACGAGUGGAGAGGCAUGUGUCUAGUAAAGCACCUGAACCCCCUGCAGUAAAAGAGAAGUUCAGCCCCCUGAAGCAGAGGAGUCCCCCCGCCAGCCGCCCCCACCUGUCCCCGGAGGAAAUCAAAGACGCGGAUCGAGCGGCACAGAAGGAGAAACUACACGCAGAGUUAAAGAAAGUUUUGCUACUGAAAGGGCAAAGAAACUCUGCAGAACAAGAGGAACCGAAGAUGGAGGCUAAUGUGAAGAUAACAGAGGAGAAGCUAAGAGCUUCAGAGAUGGUGGAGGUGAUUGUAGAAACUGAGGCACAGGCAGGAAUGUCCGGCAUAAACAUCUCUGGAGGAGGCAAAGACGGACUAUUUGUUUCAGAAAUCCUUAAGGACUCCCCUGCUGCCAAAAAUUUGUCUCUGCUUGAAGGGGACCAGAUCAUAAGUGCCAGAGUUUACUUUGAAAACAUUAAAUAUGAAGAUGCCAUGAAGAUCCUCCAGUAUGCAGAGCAAUAUAAAGUCUCUUACUGCCUCAAAAGGACAGUGCCGUCUAGUGAUGUUACUGUGUCUCCAAGCUCUGGGAGUGUGGAAGUGAAGGGUCCAAAAGCUAAGAUGCCAAAAAUGACUGUUAAAAGCCUGACUCCAGUGAAGAAGAAAAAAAAGAAGGUUCCAGGUGAAGUUAAGGACUCAGAAGCUUCCAUGGAAGCUUUAAAAGGUUCAGAAAUUUCUGCUGCCAGCUUGGACAUUCCACCAGUAGAUGUGGAAUUUUCCUUUCCAAAGUUCUCCAAAAUCCUAAAAAUGAAGGGAGGAGCAGACACCACUACUGAAACUAAGAGCACAGAGAUCUCUACUAAAGUAACUACAGAACAGAAAAGACUAAGGAUGAAGUUCCCAAGACUAAGGGUCAAAGACGCAGCAGUGGCUGGGGGACUUUCUGUGGACAUUUCUGGUGCUAAAGAUGUUUCAGGGAAAGCUCAAGAUGAAGUAAAAGGGAAAGAGAAAUCUGCAGCUCAAGUUGGUAUUGAUAUUCCUAAAAUGAAGAAGCCAAAAGUUGAUGUCACAGUGGCAAAGCCAGAUAUUGAAUUUGCAACAACAAAGGUUGGAAUUGCAGCACCACAGGUUGGAACUGAAAUUAAAGAAGAGACAGUUUUUAAGACUCCUCAAGUGGAGCUUGAUAUACCACUAACAAUCAAGAAAAGUGAGACAGAAACUUCUGAAAGUAUUAAAGCAACUGGCUUAAGCACCUUGAUUAAAAUUCCAGAUGUUGAAAUUAAGAUGCCAGUAGCUGGUGUUGAAGUGGAAGCACCAGAAGCUCUAAUAAGCAAACCAUCCAUUUCAAAAGUAGGAAUUUGUACACCACAGAUACAAAAAGAGCAAGACCUCACUCUUCGAGUUGAUGGAAGGCCAAAGACUGAAAUAAAAUUACCUUCAGUUGAAAUAGCACCACCUAAAUUGGAUGUUGACUUAAGUUUACCAAAAGUAGAAGGUUCUGUAGAAGUGGAAACACCAGCUUCUACUAGUCAAGGCCUACAGAUCAAACUUCCAAAAUUUUGCAUGUCCACUAAAACAGCAGAAUCUAUUUUGGAAGUAACCCCUCCCCAAGUCAAGAAAGAUAUUAAGGGGAAAGUUUCUGAGGAUAAGGUAAAGAUCCCUUCUGUAAAAACCCCACAAUUUGGAAUUUCUCUUUCUAAAGAAAAAAUUCAAGGAGAUAGUCCUGAAAGUCAAAAGAAAAGCUCCCUAAAGUUUCCAUCUAUUGACAUCUCUGCUCCAAAAGUGAACUUAGACCUAAAUGUACAGUCAGAAGAUCCUUCUGUUGAACCUAUUCAGGUUCCAGAUGUAACCCUUAAGAUGCACAAAGUGAGUCCUCCUAAGGUAGGCAUGAAAGUUAAAGAUGCCUAUGCUGGUACUAUUUCAAAAUUAGAUGUGAAAUCUGAGAAAGUUGAAGCUGAAAGUUCUAUUGAAAUUCCAGAUGUUACACUUAAAAUGCCUAAAAUAGGUCUUCCUAAAUUGGGCUUAAAGGAUGAAGGACUGGGAGCUGAGUCAGAGGUAUCAGCUGGGAAAAUUGAAAAAGCAGAACUUAAACUGAAAGGUCCUAAACUACCAAGUUUUGGUGGGUUGCUUGUAAAAGAAAAGUCUGAGGUAGAUGGAUCAGAUUCUUCUACAGAAACAGAGGGGAAAUUAAAAUUUCCUUCAAUUAAGAUGCCAUCAGUUGAUAUUUUCUUACCAAAAGUCCAAGACAGUGAUCCAAGUAAACUGGAGGGCACCCUACCCACAACUAAAGUAGAUAAAAAAGGACUUGAAUUAGAUAGUACGGACUUGAAGUUUAAAAUGCCCAAAGUCUCCUUACCUAAGCUUGAUGUGACAACAAAACUUGGAAAGCCUGAUAUGUCUCCUCCAAAAGUUGGAAUUCACAUAUCUGGUGCUGAUACAAAAAAAAAAGUUGACAAAGAGAAAGAAGAUAAAAUAACUUUUGAUCUUAGCUUAACCUCAUCAAAACCUGACCUAGAUAUUUCAGUGGAAAAGCCUAAAGGUGCAAUUAAACUUCCAAAAGUAGAGUUGGAUUCAAUAGCAUUUGAUGGCCAGACUGGAGAUUCAAAAGUAGCAAUUCCUUCUAUUAAAAUGCCCGUUUUUGAGAUAGAUGCUCCUAGACUUGAUGUUGGUUUAAAUUUGCCAAAAGUGAAAACUGAGGGAACUGAUGCAUUUGUUGAAGACAAAGACAUUAAAUUCCAGAUGCCAAAGCUAAAUCUUCCUAAGCUCAGUGACGUAGCCAAAGAUAUGGCUGUUGAACUUGAUGUCCCAAAGGUGACGGGUGACAUUUGUUCACCACAUCUUACUACAGAAAUGAAGACUGGGGUAGACACAGAAGAUAAAGGACUCAAGAUGAGUUUGCCAAAAGUUGAAAUUGGACUUGGGAAAUCCACAGAGGUUAGUGAGGGUGAAUUAAAAGAAAAGGCUGAAGUGAAACUUUCUAAAGCAAAACAAGUAAAGCCAGUUGUAGAAGAUGAAGAGGCUAAAAUGAAGUUGCCAUCUGUUAAACUUCCAUUUCUUGAGAUAGCUACACCAAAAAUUCCUGAUGUGGACAUUGGUGCAGACAUUCCAACAGUUGAAACCGAUGUGUCUGGUAAAGAAGAUUUGGCAGCUGUUAUUUCUGGUGAUGGUGAAGCUAAAUGGAAAGCACCCAAGUUUUCUUUUCGUAAACUUGGAAUUUCUGGAUCAAAAGCUAAGAAAGGUGAAGUUGAUGGACAAACAACAGAUGCAGAAAGAGACAUUGAACUUGCAGUUAAAUCACCAAAAAUGAAAAUGCCUAAGUUUGGAAUAGUUUUUCCUAAAUCAAAGCAAGAUGUUGCAGUAGAAAGAGAAAUAAAAGCUAGCAAAGAGAAGGUGGACACUUCUUCUGGUCAGGUGGACUUAUCUUCUGAUGGAAAAGUUAAAGUUCCAUUAGGUAAACUUCCAACCGUUGAUAUCUCAGCUCCAAAGUUAGAGGUUGAUGUUGCACUUCCCAAAGGAGAUGCUUCACCACCACCUGAAAUUAAUAUUGACAUUCCAGAUGUGAAGUUGAACCUUCCCAAAUUUUCCAUGCUGAAAUUUGGGAAAAGCAAAGGUGGUGAAGAAGAUGCAGAUAUUGAGAAAACUAAAGUUAAGGGUAAAAUGUCCUCAUCUAAAUCAGCAAAAGCAGAAGACGCUUCUGCUGAACUUGAUGGAAAGAGUACUGAAGCCAAGGGAAAAGGAAGAGAGCUAAAAAUGAAAAUGCCUACUAUUAGGAUGCCUUCAUUUGGAAUAUCAAGGAAAGAUACAGAUGUUUCUGAGGAAAAACCUGUAAUAAGUUCUCCAGAAGAAAAAACUAAGAAAGUUAAGACUGUAACGCAGGACUCAAAAGUCUCUCUAGAGACUGAGAGUGGCGAUGGAAAAACUUCUUUUAUGAAAAUGCCCACAUUUAAAAUGUCAUCUCCAAAAGUAAAGGCACCAGAAGUAAAUUUGAUUUUAAAAGGUUCAAAAGAAAAUCUUCAGAUGCCUGAUGUCCAUGUUAAAGUCCCUGAGGUUGAGUUACCUUCUUUUGGACUAAAGAGUGAUCAAAAAACUGAAGUGUCACUUUCAAAGACAGGAGAAAAAUCAGUGGGUCCAAAAGAUUCUGACUUCCACCUUAGUGAUAAAAUGAAGAUGCCUUCUCUGGAAAUAUCUACACCUCCAGCCGCGCCUUCAUUACAGAUUUCUGUCCCGUGUGGUAAAUCAGACAUCUGUACAUCAAAACCAAAAGUGGAAGUAGAUGUUUCUGAUGCAGACAUUAAAAGAUAUGAAGGUGAUUUAAAAAUACCUAAGCUUUCAUCCAUUGGUGCUUCAGUUUCAGAUGUCAAAUUCGAUAUUGGUUUGCCCAAAAUACGAUUGGAGCAUGAGGCUGAUGUUAGCAUGGAAAAAUCAUCUGCCAAAAUACAGAUACCAAGAGUUGAACUCCCUAAGUUUCAGGAAUUGGAAGCCAAGGUGGACAUUAGUGGUGAUAAAGCAAAAGCCAUUCAUUCCGAAGAAAAACUUAAAGGGCCUAAGCUGAAACUGCCACACGUUGAUAUUUCUCUUCCAAAAGUAAAAUUUGAUGAAGAGGACAUACCAUUUAUUGAAGGUGAGACCAAAGUACAAGGUUCAAGUGCUAAAGCAAGUGCUUCUGAAGAAACCUUCAGUUUGCCAUCAGUAGAGCUCUCAAGAAUGUCCACUCCCAAAAUAAGAGCUCCAGAAUUGGAACUAGAUAUCAGUCUAAGCAAGGAUGAUUUAAAAUUGAGUGACUUAUCUAAGUCACUCAAAGUAGAAUCAAGUGGUUCUGAAGGUGAACAACAUGAUUUAAAGCUCAAGAUGCCAAAAAUAAAGAUUCCUAAAUUUGGAGACUCCAUGACAGGUGUAGAGGAAGGCAUUGUUAAAGCAGAUGUCAAGACUUCCAAAACAGAAGACAGUUCUGAAUCAGGUAUCAUGGACUUCAAAAUAAAAAUGCCUAAGCUUCAAGUAGGAUCUCUUAAAGGGAAAGAAGAGGAUAAAGAGUUAAAAAGCGACCACAAAAUGUCUAUGAAAAGUGAUGUGAAGGUCUCAGAUCAUGAAGAUUCUGACAAUGGCCGUAUGUUCAAGAUCAAAAUGCCAUCAUUUGGGAUAUCAAAAGGGACCACAGAAGCAGGCACAGAACUUUUGCAUCCUUCUGAGGAGAGUGUAGACCUAAAGUUUAAAAUGCCAAAAAUGACUUUGCCUGAUGUUGGAUUUUCAGGAGGUGAAAGUGAAAGAGUGGGGGCUUCCUUGGAAAGUGACCAUACUAGUACAGUUACCAAGGUAAAAAGCAUCACUUCUUCAAAUCUUGAAGAGUUAGAAUUAGAUGUAGGGCUGAAAUUGCCAAAAAUUAAGAUGCCAACAAUUGUUAUUCCAGGACGAAAGGGAGAUGAUGACAUGGAAAUGACUCUUGAUGAGGAAUCCAAAGGAAAAAAGUCAUUGUUCAAGAUGCCAGAUGUGGAACUGUCUACUCCAAAGAUUAAAGCACAUGGUGAAUAUGAAGUUGAUGGAACAAAAUUGGAGCAAAAGCUAACAAAAGGCUCAGAAGUAGGUGAUUUUGCAAAGAAGAGCAGUAAAAUCAAGGAUGAAUACAAACAUGACUCAUCUGAAGAGGAUGCUGAAAAUAAAUACAAAGUAAAGCUACCAAAAUUAGCAGUUAGUUUACCAAAAGCUGUAUCUGGAGAUGUGGAGCUUUCUCCACCAAAAUUGAAGGCAGAGACAAAAGACAGUGAGAUCAGUAUGAAAAGUCUGCACUCUGAACAUGAGUCACAUCAGCAUGAAGGGAAAAAGACAAAAAAGAAUAUUUUCUCUCUUAGCAAAACCAAGGACAAAAGUGCAAAUAUGGUAUCAUCUGACAUUGACACAAGUCUGGAAUUGGAAGGUCCUGAAUUGAAGAUCAAGUUGCCAAAAAUAAAAAUGAAACCUUCUUUUGGUCGGUCAAAAGGCAAAGGUAAAGGGUCUGAAGAAAAUGGAGAAGAAGAAACCGAUGCAGACUCAAGUGAUGUCUCGGCUAAGUCUUCAAAGAUCAAGUUCCCCAGAUUAGGGUUUUCUUCUUCUAGAGUUAAUUCUGGGGAAUCCGGGGAAGUAAAUAUAAAUGGAACCUCUGGCCAUGUAAAUGGGGAAAAUGAGGUAUCUACUCGAAAUGGAUCACAAGAUGGUGUUGUAAAGGUUGGUAAGCUAAAGUUUCCUAAGGUUGAAUUUUCAUCACCAUACAAGGGCAAAGAAAUAGACUCUGAAAUGAAUCUAAAAUUAGUCAAGACAGAAGAACCCGAAUCAAAAGAUGAAGGCACCGAGAGCUCUCUUUCCUACAAAUUUAAGUCUCCUAAAAUUGCUUUCUCUGGUUUCAAGAAAAAAGAAAAGAGUGAAGAUCACAUAAUUAGCUCCUCUGCAAGAACCGAGAUGGCAACUAUGGAAAAUGUUAGUGAGGGUGACUCAAAGUCAGGGAUGGGUCGGAUCUCCCUUGGAUUUCUUUCGAGUAAAUCUAAGGGGGAAUACACAGUGGACAAUAGUGGUAUACAUAAAGACAAUGAGGGUGGCACCAGUAAAGACAAGUCAACCAAGUAUAAGAUUCCCAAGUUAUCUCUGAACUCAAAAUCGGAAUUGAGUAAAGAGAUGAAGGAAGAAAGUUCUCAAGAAGGUUUCAAAAUUACCCUGCCGCAGAUGAGCUUUACUACCCAUCAAGAAGAAGAAACCACAGAAGAGCAAGAAACAAGUUUGGGCUUCAUAAAAGUUACAACAACAAAACAAAUCAAGACAGAGACUGUAACAGAGAAGACCCUGGCCAUAUAAGACAGUACAUGUGUUCGUCAAGGACUUAAUUUACCAACAAGUAUCCUUAAAUGUUGCAGGCUGCAUGUUCCAAAAUAAUCUCUCCACUCUAAUCUCUCCUGCACCUCAAUGACUACAGUGGUGGUCCUCCAAAAUUGUCUUAAUGAAGGUUACCAUACCUGUCUGUAUUUUAAUUCAUUUAAAUUGAUGUGCUUAUCAUUUAAUACCAGGGUUAUUAGAAGAAAUGUAGAUUAAAAUGGUGUUUGCUUCUUUCCACCCAGACUUGCAAAUAAAUACAAAUUUUAGUAGGGUUGUAGCUACCAUGUCUUAAUUUAAGCAGAGAGUGAAGUAUAAUAUUGAAACUGAUACCUCUGGGGUCUGAUUAGUUUAUUUUAUAUGGUCAGUGCCAUUGUUUACUUUCCUCUGACAAUAGAGCGAGACUGGUCACCCAAUAUUUGGCUUUGGCGAUAGGAAACUUCACAGACCAUUCUGUGGUUCAGCAAAGUUUGGCAUAUAUGAUAGCGUUGAAGAACUACUCAGUACUCAACAUUCGCACUAGUACAUGCCUAGCCAGGGUAUGGGUGCAGUUCAACAGUGGGCACCUUAAAGCAUUCUUACAAUCCUUACACAUUUCUUGAUGCACCUUGUUAAUGAUGCACCUCCGGCUAUCUUUGUCCAGUUGAUGCUAAAGCCCCCAAGCUGUUUUGCUUAAUUAAUUCAUGUAUCAAUUUACCUAUUUCACUGUGCAACACAAGCAAGGUAAUUUUGUAGAAUGUUAUUUAUAUAGAAAAUGUGCCUUAUUUCUUUGGUAUUACAAACAGCAUGACCACAGAGCGUGACCACGUCUUGCCUCCUCCUGAAGUUUGGAACUGCAAAAAUAAAAAGUUGGUAAAAUGUAAUAACAACAUGUCUUCAUAGUCCACCAUCUGAUCAUUUUUAGUGCCACCUCCAAAUUCAAGUAAAAAGUCUGUUGAAUUUAUAGUCUGGGGCUUACUUUUCCCCCCAAAUACUUCUGUGUAGGAAAACAAAGAUGAGGAGACGAUAGACAGUUAAGUAAUUCCUUCGGAUAAUCAUGUUCUUUAUGGUUGCAGAGCCAUUUGUUUCAUUAAGUUCUACUAUUUUAGAUAAAGUUGGCAAAACUAUUGAAGGUGUUAACUCACCCUAGCCAAAAACAUUCUGGCAACCAAAUUGUGAAAGGAAAAUUGGUUUUCUGAGACCCAAUUUUCUUUACUCAAAAAUGCCAUAACAUAAAAAAUGCAGUUAGCAACUUCCCUGUUGGGAUUUUUUCCAUGGUGGCGAUUUAUAGAGUAUGGCCACAAUGAGAUAUAAUUUCCAUUAUCGCAGUUUUGGUUUCAGCUCUACAUUUGUUGGAUGUGUGGUCUAUUAUUAAACUUGCAAAAGGGCCUCAGAGGGUUACAUAGUUGAUACGGUUGAAAAAAUACAAAAGUCCAUCAAGUAAGGGUUACAUCAGGGUUACAAUUGCCCAGCUGCUAUUUCAUGUUUUUUUUAAUCUGUCCUAAAAAAAACAUCAGUCACACCAAAACCCUUGUCACCCCAAAAAAUCUCUCUAGGGCUUAUUUGACUUCACCAGUGAAAUUAGGCAUCUUCAUAAAAGCUCAACACCCUUAUAGCAUUCUGCAGUCACCAUUCCAGAACCCAAUGAUCGCAAUAAUGUACAGUACCCUUGAGGUCUGGGGGGGGGGGGCGCUUGUAUAUCUCAGGUGGUCUCUAGGUGAAGUAUGAGCUAGGAGAAGCCUUCUUCUACAUAGACAACUGGAGGCUGUGUAGCUGUGUGUAAAACAAAGUUUAGGUUUUUUUUCCUUUGGAGGUUAGAGUAUGAUACUAGCGUGUGAGAGAGUUUCUUGCCCUGCAGACUGAUGUGAUAUCUGUGUUCACCAUCAAUAACAACGCAUUUGUGUAAACAUAAUUGUGAAUCUCUAGACCAGUGGUCUCCAACCUGUGGCUCUCCAGCUUUUACGAAACUACAACUCCUGCCAUGCUGUGAGUUGUAGUUUUGCCAAAGCUGGAGAGCCGUUGGUUGGAGACCCCUAUUCUAGAAGCUACUACAAGAUGUAUAUUGUCAUUUUUUGUAUUUACUAUAAUUGUUAAUUAUUAAAAAAAUAAAUAAAAACUUUAUAUUUGAAGUGGAACCUACCGUUUUUGUAAAGUACCAGCUAACCCCUUCCUGCUUACUGAUUUCUUCUUUUUAUUUAAGUGGUGUUUUGAUGUAGUAAUCCAAUCUUUAAUCAGAACGUCUUAAUAAACAUUUAAUUGAAAGCCAUGAAAACUG